UAAUAGUACAUGAACCUUUUGGCCGAUAUUAGUAAGAUUCUAUGAAUUUGCUUCAUUUGCUUGCAAGAUGUCGUCUGUAGUGUAUGCAGUGGUCAUUUUUGUCCUUUCCGUCCUGUUUUUAGGGGCUCAGUCCCAGAUUCCCAUGCUUGGGCCUUGUCCUGGAGACAAACUUCCAACGCAGGCUAACUUCGACAUGCAAAAGUAUAUGGGUAUCUGGUACGAGUACUAUAGAAACUUCAUCUUAUUCGAACUAGGAGACAAGUGUUCAAGGGCCAACUACACCCUCCAGCCUGACGGAAAGAUCAAGGUGGUAAACACUGGCGAAAAAGCAAUUUUCGGUACAAAGAACGUAGCGUUCGGGGAAGCCUACGCACCGGACCCAGCUGAUGCCAGUAAACUCAUCGCAAAAGUUGGGGGAGGCCCUGAGUCGCCCUACUGGGUCCUUGCCACAGACUACGAGAACUACAGUGUUGUCUACUUAUGCGUGGACAAGCGUAUCCCCGGUCUCCCCAUGUUCCCAUGGAGGAAGGAAAUUCUGUGGGUCCUGAGCCGAAGCCGUGAAGAUUUCAGUGCCGAACUCCUGGCGGAGAUCAACGAGAAAAUCGACAGACUGAACAUCACGAGGAAAUUCCUGAUGCGAACGGACCAGACCAAUUGCAGCGAUGGACCCGAGACCGAGUCAACAAAAAUGAAAUUUAUCCCGGCACAGUCCGCAAAGAGGCCACCAACCAUCUCCUUCAACGAAAUUUGAAUUCAAAACUAUGACUUUUUUUCCAAUGAUAACCAAGCUUUGUUGCUCGUAGUAACGGAUUGACCAAUGAGCACCUUUAAAAUUGGGUCACAAGAGAAGUAAUGUGAUGCGGAAAAUGCUGGUACUAGGUGAUAUUUUUACUGUGGUAUACCACGCCUUUACAUGUACAUGUAUGUUAUGUCGUGUCCAUCAUAUUCUGAUGGAAAUCCGCUAUGCGCUUCAGUCUCCAAGUAUCGUUCAACCACAGCGUAAAAUCGUUUGAACUAUUUCAUCAAGUAUCUUAUUCUCGUGCCGCUACAGUUAUCGAAGUGUCAGGCUUUCUCCGUUUGGCUUGCUGCUGUGUUGCAAACGUUUCACCGCAUCUUUCCGUCAUUCAAAAACUAAGUGUCGCAACAUUGUAAAUACUCCAAUGCUGAAAAAUUGUCAUGACAUGAGAACGACAUGUCUUCAUUGGCGAGGAAUUUACCAGCCAGUGCCGCUAAUUGUAGAAUAAUAUAAAAAUUAAGAA